CCCAUUAACGUGCCAAUUAAUCCCCCAAACAAACUACUUCUCUCCAGUUGCGUCUAGUCUUCUCCAGAGGAAGAGAAAAACCCAAAUCCGAUUUGUCAGAACCCGAUCCGGAUCCGACAAAAUGAACGACGCUGACGUUUCCAAGCAAAUCCAGCAGAUGGUCCGCUUCAUCCGCCAGGAAGCGGAGGAGAAGGCCAACGAGAUCUCCGUCUCUGCCGAAGAAGAAUUCAAUAUCGAGAAGUUGCAGUUGGUGGAAGCUGAGAAGAAAAAGAUCAGACAAGAGUAUGAGCGCAAAGAAAAACAAGUUCAAGUUCGCAAAAAAAUUGAGUACUCCAUGCAGCUGAAUGCUUCUCGAAUCAAGGUUCUUCAAGCUCAGGAUGAUUUGGUCAAUGCCAUGAAGGAGGAUGCAUCAAAGGAGCUUUUGAAUGUUAGCCACAAUCAUCAUAACUAUAAGGACCUUUUGAAGGACCUCAUUGUCCAGAGUUUGUUGAGGCUGAAAGAGCCAUCCGUUUUAUUGCGCUGUCGAGAAGAUGAUGUACACUUGGUGCAGUCUGUCCUGCAAUCAGCAAAGGAUGAGUAUGCAGAGAAGUCAAAAGUGCACCCUCCUGAGAUCAUUGUCGAUAAUGUUCACCUUCCACCCCCUCCUUCUCAUCACAAUGCACAUGGUCCUUUCUGCUCGGGCGGUGUUGUGUUGGCAUCUAGAGAUGGGAAGAUUGUAUUUGAGAACACUCUUGAUGCUAGACUGGAUGUUGUGUUCCGUAAAAAGUUGCCAGAGAUACGGAAGAGCCUCUUUGGUCAGGUUGCUGCUUAAUGGUUGGAAUCUUGCUGUAUACUGUCUCAUGUCCAUUUGAAUCUGAUUAAAGUCUACAAUCUUAAGUUGGUCAUCAACCCUAGAAAAUUAUCAUCAGAUGGUUAUUUUUUAUUUAAUGUGCUGUUUUUGUUGUCUUGCUCUGUGAGUGCUAGCGCUAGCAAGGUGCCCUUCUCCUGGUUCUCCUUUACUCUGCAUGUUGAAAGUGUUUCUUAGAUGAUAUUGAUAUAAGUUUUCAGAUUGAAGCCUGCUAUUUGAUUUUUUUAUUGCAAAGCUGUGCAAUAAUUGUAAGCUGCCCGGACCUAAUGUUUAUUGCAUUGAGAAAAUAAAUCAGUCCUUGAGCCGAUGGUCUUUAAAUUGCU